AACGCUCUUGCACGGCAGUUACACUAGAAGCACCUUGGCGAGCUCCGAUUUGAAAAAAAAAAACUAAUUCAAACUCGUUUCAUCUCGCUCGAUAAAGACUUCAAGCAGCUAACACUAAAAGAAUAUCUGAAUUGCCAUUGAUUUUUGGCCAGCACGCAGCAAUUGUUCAUUUGCUCUUUUCAUCCGAACCCACCCCCGAGUUUAAUCAAUUCAAGAAUGACUUCAGUCGCUAACAAUGUCCUGCCUUCCUACCUGACGCUGGAGACCCACAUCGAUCGUCAGAGUGUUCGAGAAUCUUACAACGACGUCCGCUCAGACUUCACCGAAACGAAUUGGGCGGUGUUCCAAUUCGAGGGCAACCAGAUCUGCAGCAAGGCCGUAGGAAGCGAUUUCGCUGACUUUCGAACUCAGUUUGUCGAUGAUGAACGCGCAUUUGGAUUUGUCCGCAUUCAAAGCGGUGACGAGAUGAGCAAGCGGACCAAGUUCCUCUUUGUGACUUGGCUGGGACCCAACGUCAGCACGAUGAAGCGAGCUCGGCUCAGCAGCGACAAGGCUCUCGUCAAGGAAAUCAUCAUGAAUUUCGCUGUUGAGUUGCAAAUCGAGACGGCCGAUGAGCUAAACUACGAGUUCUUCCGCGAGGCCGUCCACAAGGCGGGCGGUGCCAACUACGGAACCGGCGUCCGGGAGCUGUGAUUGUUCUUAAAUUAUUCUUCGGUU